AUGUCUACUCAGCGCUACUCGCUGGCGACCGGCAAGGCGUCUUCACGCAAGCGAUCGUCCAUGAGCACCAUCGAAAGCAGCGUCACGCGAUUGCUUGUUUCCACCAAACAUCUUCUCGAAUCGUUGACCCAAUGGGCCAGACAGGAAGCCGACGAUAAGUUUGUCUCCGAUGCGUACGUCAAGCUCGGCAACGACUUCCGCGCAGCCACGCGAGCGUUUGCGGCUGCCGGCGUUGACAUUUCCGACUUGGGCGAUGUCCCACGAGCGCUUCGAAUCGUGCUUGAGUCCGCAUUGAGUGAAGCUCCCACGCAAGAAAAUCUCGACCGAUUUCUCCCCAACAUCCGUAACAUCAUCGUCAACUUGCUUCUGAGCUUGAAGCAGAAACAGAGCCGUGCAGUGCUGCUUGCGGAGCUGCUGGAGAAGCAACAGACUAGAAGUCCCGAGAGAAGCGGUGCCCACUCCGCUGCACUGUCCGCUAGACCGUCACCGCUUGUAGACCAGCACUUUGUGACCGAGGUUCCGAGUCUGCCGCUGAGCCCUGAGGUUCAUGCGACGGAAGCUCCUUACGGAAAUAGUAGUAUAACUGUAGCCAAACGGGGAAGUGCCAAUAUUGCCCAGGAUGCUGGCGAGAACUCCGACUCGUCUAUGGGCGCGAGCGAUCGUGCGCUCGCGCAGUUGCAAAAGAAUAACGUGAUUCUGAGAAGAGCGUCGAAGCGAUUCAGCGCAUAUCAGUUUGCCAAACUUGCCAAUUUCUCCGGGAACCAGCUUCCGAAGCUCAGCGCAGAAUCUAACCAGACGCGCGACUCGGUCCUUGCAGAAUUGAAGAAUGAACAGCCGCCAGCUGAAAGCCACGUCGAACCCAGUUCAGAAGUGGUUGAUGCAGAGCAAGGCUCGUCACAGAACUACAUUUUUCUCCGGCUCAAGGGUGCAACGAAAAAGAGCCCUGUCCAAUUACCAACAAGCAUGACCUCUCUCCGUCUCCUCUUUGUCGAGAAGUUUGCCUACUCUCCUGGCGUCACCUCGUUUCCCUCCAUAUACAUCGUAGACCCACGUACAUCUGUGUCAUAUGAGCUAGAAGAAAGCGCUAUUCAUGACGAAAUUCAUAGUGGGUCUUUAAUUGAGUUGAAAGAGCAUAACGCCGACGAUGUCACCAUGGAUACCCUCAACUCCAAAAUCCUGAGCCUUGAAAAGCAAAUGCUGACAAUAUCUAGUAAGAUCAUAGAACAGGUCGGAAAUCAAAUUUCACAAAUUGAGUUGAACCAGAGAGCUGCAACGCCAAUCAUUUCUCAAGACUCAACAGUGAAGGCCAGCGAUGUCGAUCACUUGAAGCUCAUAAACCAACUUCAACAAGAAGUGAACAGUCUCAAACAAUCCCAUCGCGCCAAAACUGAAAUCAUGAAAACAACUCUCACCGACCUAACAGAACAACUUGCUGCUCUCAAGCUGGUCUCAUUGGAAUCCUCGGAUACUUCUCAAAACUCACAUCGCACAUUCAUGCAACACAGUUAUGCCCGGCUUUCGGAGGAAUCCGACUCAUUGCUUACGAAGGUGGAUGACUUGCAAGAUAUGAUGGAGGAUUUGAGAAAAGAUGUGGCUCAAAGAGGCGUGCGCUUGGGAUCCAAGCAAUUAUCUGCGACUGCCAAAGAAAUAGCAGAUGCGGAGGACUCUCUCCAGUCCUUGGUAUCCUACAUUCAUGAUGGCAAGCCAUCUUGGAAGAAAAUCUGGGAGGCCGAGCUUGACAAGGUGUGUGAAGAGCAACAGUUCUUCAACUUGCAAGAUGAUUUGACCAGAGACCUCAACGAAGACAUCAACAAGAUCAGAGAAACCUUCGAGUUGAUCGAGAAAUGCUGCUCUGAACAAAGCAAGCAGCCCCAGAAAAAGACUAAUUUCGCGAACCGGAUCCCACUCAUGGAACCAGGUGAAAGCAUCCAUGGCUUGAAAGAUGCGGUCCUCAAUGAGGUCAACCACCUAGUGCCUGAUCACGCUAGUCGCCUUGAUGCUAUCGCUCGUGCUGAAAGAAUACGUAAGAAGGAGCGAGAAGCCGAGAGUCUUAAUGAGUUCCAGGAGGAACUAGGUGGCUUUGUCGCUGACCAAAAGCUCAAGAAAUCUGGCGGGAUUGAGGAAGUCGAGCGCAUGCGCCAGGAGAGAGAUCUCGAGAAUUUUAAAAGUACAUUUGGGGUUGUUUAG